AUGGCGACCGGUGAGAGGCGAUCAAAUCUCAGGUUGCUCAGGACGUCAUUGAUUCUGGACCAAGGCGACACACGCACGACUCGCCAUGGAGACUGUCUCAGACUGUGUACUUACAACGCGAGAACAGUUUCCACAGACGCCGACCUGCAUGCCCUUCUCGGAGCUGCAGAGCGUAUCAAAUUUCACGUGAUUGCUCUGCAGGAGACCAAGUGCAGAAGGAGCGACGUACGACAGAUGAAUGACGGUACACUCGUCAUUCGUGGAGAGAAGGUUCCGUCGCGAAAUGUAGGCGGUGUUGGUUUCGUUGUGCACCCAUCUGUCGUCCAUCUCGUCGAUUCUCACGAGAUCCUGUCACCUCGUCUGGCCAUUCUUCGCCUCCGCCCUCUGCGCCAAAAAUCCAUCAGUAUCAUCAACUGCUAUUCACCAACAUCAGCAGCUGAUGAUUCCGAAUUGGACGCGUUUUACGAGGAGCUGGAGGAAGUAGUCCACAACGAGAAGUCCUUUUACAAGUUUGUUGUCGGAGACUUCAACGCAAAACUAGGAAAGGCCACAGAAGAGGAAUACAGGAUUGGAAGAUUUGGACUAGGGGACCGGAAUGAAAAUGGCAAUCGUCUCGCUGGGCUGUUGUCCGCCGCUCGCCUCUUUCAUGGGAACUCUCUUUUCAUGAAAAAAGAUCAUCGUCGGUGGACAUGGGAAUCGCCCAAUGGCGCGACUCGUGCGGAGAUCGACCACAUACUCACCAACCGGAGGUGGUGUCUACUUGACGUCUCAGUACUACCAUCCUUUUGUAGUGGUUCUGAUCACCGUCUCCUUCGUGCGAAAAUACGACUUAGCCACACGAUGGAAAAGAACAUGUACUAUCGGCAACGAAGGAGAAAAGAAGUCGUCUACGACGAUUGCGUACUCGAGGACUCCCUGUCCCAAGGUGACUGGCACAUCGAGGAGGACUCAAACGUGGACUACGAGAUGCUGCUCAGAGGAUUACGAGCCUGUGCUGAACGUGCCUCGAAGUCGCGCACGACAAACUUGGAUCGAAUUUCGAAGACCACCAAGGAAUUGUUAGGAAGAAGAAGGGCUUUGAGGCUUGAUCCGAAUGCAUCGCACAUUGAGCGGUUAGUAGCAAACACUAGCUGCAGAAAAGCGUUGCAGGAGGAUCUUUUGAAGUACAGGCAGAAGAAGAUUCUAGAAGCAGCACAAAGAAGAACGAGUCUAAAGAAGUGCCGCAGGGAUCUCCGCGAAUAUAAUAUUCCGCUAGCAACCUUGCUGAGCGAAGACGGGACUCGCACGUCUUCUCGUCGUGAGAUGGAAAUCAUUACGGAGAGGUUCUACUCGAACAUUUUCCGUUCAUCAACUCCUGUGUCAAGCCCAAUCAUCCCCACUGGCGAAGCUCCACCACGGAUUCUCCCUUCGGAAGUACGAGUCGCUAUCAAGAGCAUGAAACCUGGCACAGCCCCCGGACCUGAUUUUAUAUCAGCAGACUUUCUUCGGGCUGGUGGCCAUCCGCUUCAUGUAAUCUUAGCAGCGCACAUGACAUCCUAUCUUCAGAAAGAAAGGAUCCCAGACCAGUGGAAGACCUCGCGAACCGUUCUUAUACAUAAGAAAGGUGACCGAGAGGACCUUCGGAACUACCGUCCGAUAUGCUUGCUGAGCGUGUUAUACAAAGUAUUCACCAAGAUCAUCCUCACACGCAUAUCUAGGACGCUGGAUGAAGCCCAGCCUCAAGAACAAGCUGGAUUCCGCCAAGGGUUCAGCUGCUUGGACCACAUCCAGACCGUGUCGAGGGUCAUAGAGGUUUGCCGGGAAUACCGCCUGCCCCUAGUUCUAACCUUCGUCGACUAUGAGAAAGCCUUUGACAGCGUAGAAACGAAUGCAAUACUGUCAGCGCUGGUCGAUCAAGGUGUGGACGCGUCGUAUGUGAGGACAUUAGCCAAUUGCUACGAACGAUGCACGACUAGGAUACAGCUUUUCCACCGCCCUCUCACCAUACCCAUUGGAAAGGGGGUACGACAAGCCGAUACUAUAUCGCCGAAGCUGUUCACGGCUGCAUUGCAAUGGAUAAUGAAAUCACUAUCCUGGGAAGAAAGGGGCAUACGUGUUGAUGGAAGAUUUCUUUCGAACCUUCGUUUCGCGGACGACAUCGUUCUCUUUUCGAGCAGUACCAAUGAAGCAGAAACGAUGCUCAACGAAUUGAACGAAGCAGGGAAGAGAAUAGGACUACGAAUAAACAGAAAGAAGACACAGUUCAUGAAGAACGCGCACUGCGAGGACGGAGGAGUACAACUUGAAGGCUCCCAAAUCGUGGAAACUCCGUCAUACGUAUACCUUGGACGUUCUGUGAACAUGGAAAACGACUUGAAGGAAGAACUGAAUAGAAGAAUGAGAGCAGCAUGGGCAGCAUUCGCAGCCGUCAGGGAAGCUACGGACCAACUGACGGACCAUGAUCUUCGUGCCCAUCUGUUCGACUCGACAGUCCUUCCAGCGCUCUGUUACGCAGCGGAGACGUGGGCAGACACCGCAGCCACGUCUAGGAAGCUACUUACUACCCACAGAGCCCUUGAGAGAUGUCUCCUGAAGUUUAACCGGCGCACACAACACCUUGCCGGUCUUCGUAGCUCUGACUUAAGAGGAAUGUCCCGUCUUCGCGACCCAGCGGAAUAUGUAUCGAAAGCAAAACAUAGAUGGGCCGGUCACAUCAUGAGAAGAAUCGACGAUAGAUGGACUAAAAGAACGCUAGAGUGGAUCCCAAGGGACGCUAAACGCCCCCGAGGGAGACCGCCAACGAGAUGGAGUGACGUGUUCGCUGCACGGAUGGACCAGCUGAGAGCUCAGCUGGAUACGGCUCAAGGACCUCGUCAUCGUCACUCACGAAGCUUGAGAACAUCUUGGAUGACAAUGGCGAGGGAACGAAACGAGUAG